AUGAAAGAUAUUCCUUAUACAUCAAUAGUUGAGAGUCUUAUGUAUGCCCAAACAUGUAGAAGGACAGACAUCAGUUUUGCUGUUGGAAUGCUUGGUCGAUAUCAAAAUAUGGUUGGAUAUUCAGAUUCAGAUAAUGCUGGUUGUGUGGACAUAAGAAAAUCCAUAUUUGGAUAUUUGUUUUUCUUAGCUGGAGGAGCAAUAUCAUGGAAGAGUGCGAAACAGUCUGUUAUAGCUGCAUCCAUUAUGGAAGCUGAGUUUGUGGCAUGCUUUGAGGCCACAGUCCAGGCUAAUUGA